AAGAUAAGAUCAGCUUCAACAAAAACAGUCUUCAAAUGUCCAUCCAAGAUGAAAAUGAAAUAAAAUCAAUCCAAGCUGAAUGGGAUCAGAAAAAGCCCAAAGCUCAUGUUACAGGCUGUAACUGCAAUGCCAGUAAAGAAGGAAAGAUGUUCUGGGAGUCUGUGAAUGGAGAUGCCUUCACACAUGCGAUAGACUACAAAGAUGGUUCCUUGGUCAUCAAGACUGAAGGCUAUUACUUCAUUUACUCAAAAAUCUUUAAUGGUCAAAUGGAUUGUAAAACCUCAGCCAAAGGAACUUUUAAGCACAGUGUUUACAAGUCAACACAGUGGUUUCCUGGAGACCUGGAGCUCAUGAGCUCCAAGAGGUACCACUGCAGAAAUGAUAAAGAAGACAUGUUAGACAUUAGCUUUCUGGGAGGAAUCUAUCAUCUCAAAGAAGGGGACCAGAUUUUUGUGAAUGAAAAAAGUGAAUGAAAAAAUUGUUAUCCGGCUGCAAUCUACCUCUCAAAACUUCUUUGGAGCUUUUCUGAUAUAAUAUUGUGCCUCCUUAUUCAUGCC